AGUGUGGUACUAAAGGCUAUUAUUCUUUCCAUGAGCAGCCAUGUUUCAGUAUCAAAAGAACAUUCAACAGUGAUGUCAAAAAGAUAGACAACAACAAUAAUGAGUAUGAAGGGAUAUGUCAGUCAGAUGGUUAUUAUUGUGUGAACGAUGGCGAACAUAAUGACCAAUUCUAUAUGUGUUCCGAUUCUUUCAAAGGCUUCCUGAAAUGCCCAAGAGGAACGAAGUGUGGAAAUGUAUUAAAUAAUCCAUGUCACACCAAUCCAUGUGUCAAUAUACAAGAAGAGUAG